AAACUAGCAUUUGUGCUUUAACGGUGACAAAGAAAAAGAAAAUAUCUGGAGGUAACAAACAGCAACAAAUCGAGUCAAAUCAUGUCAAGGUUAGCUUUAUUCAAGUUUAAACAGGUCACUAUCAUAAGUUUUAUCUUCUAUCUUUACACGUUUGUUCAUUUUCGUGAUCUUUAAAUGCUUUAUCUGAAAUCUAUUAAGAAUAUUUGAGAGGCACGGACAAUACAUCAUAUUCUUGAUUUGUCAUGAUUUUUAUAUCAGUGCUUGUUACAUGUUUCCUCGCUAAUGUUGCACACGCAGCCCAGUGCGGGUGUGCAACAGACCCUUUGCAUGUUAGAUCUGGCGCAGGAACAACGCAUCGAAUUUUAGGAACAGUCCCUGCUGGCGAAUGUCACACAGACAAAGGAGGCAGACAAACAGCUAAUGGAUAUACAUGGGCUAAUAUUGACUAUAAUGGACAUGAUGCUUGGGCUGCUAUCAAUUGGCUGAAUUUCAAAACUUGUCAGACGCAUCAAUCAACUUCGUCUGCAGGCUGUCCGAACAUUGUAUCACGUGCUGGAUGGGGUGCUCGUAGUCCAACACAACCACACUCACUUCUAACGCAUACUCCAAAUCACGUUUACAUCCAUCAUGGUGCCUCAGGAGGAUGUCAUACUAAGGCAGCAUGUAUUGAUAAAGUCAAGGCGUAUCAAAAUUACCACAUGGACGGUCAUCACUGGAGUGAUAUUGGUUAUAGUUUUGUGGUCGGAGAAGAUGGUCAUGUGUAUGAAGCUAGGGGAUGGGACGCUGUAGGGGCUCACACUUUGCAUCAUAACUAUGAUGGUCUAGGUAUAUGUGUCAUUGGUAACUUCAUGGAACAUGUUCCAAAUGACGCUGCCCUUAAUGUAAUAAAGAGCCUAAUACAGUGUGGAGUGAACAAAGGAAAAAUCACAGCCAACUAUAUCCUUAAAGGUCACAGAGAUGUCGGACAAACAGCUUGUCCCGGUCAGAAGCUGUAUGAUUUGAUUCAAACAUGGCCUCAUUAUCACCACUGAUGAAGAAAGAAAUUCAAUAAUUAAAUAUAUAG